AUGUCGGACGCUGAACAAACUGAUAAUGAAGACUUUUCCGACAUUAAAGCGGCCAAAAAUCGAAAAAACAAGAAAGCCGGAGGAUGGCAGGUUUUAGGUAUGUUUAAAUCUCGUUUUUCGAUUCUUAUUUGCUUCCAUGUUUAGGUCUAGACCAUCCUAUCUACAAAGCGAUUCAAAAGCAAGGUUAUAAUCAACCAACACCCAUUCAAAGGAAGGCAAUCCCGCCGAUUCUGGAUGGCAAAGAUACCGUGGCCAUGAGCCGAACUGGAUCUGGAAAAACCGCUGCUUUUGUGAUUCCAAUGCUUCAGAAGCUGAAGCAAAGGGAUAUGAAAGGUGCAAGAGGGUUGUUACUGUCUCCUACGAGGGAAUUGGCCAUGCAGACAUUCAAAGUCGUCAAGGAGGUGGGUUUAUCUUAACUAUGGGGGUUAAUGUUAAUGGAUUUAUUUCCUAUGGCUGUUUACUUUUAGCUCGGACGUUUUACUGGCUUGCGAUGUGCUUGUUUAGUUGGAGGAGAUAAUAUGGAAGAUCAAUUUGAGUCGUUGCAUCAGAAUCCGGACAUGUACGUUGAUGAAAAGCUAUGAUGUUAUACCUUUAGAGGCAAACUUUAUUUAAACUGUAACAAAAUGGAAGUAACUUUCUUUGUAGAACAAAAAAUAGCAAAAGCUUUAUUUAAAAUAAAAUUUUUUAGCUAAAAUUUUAAAUUUAUAUUAUUCUUCCUUUCAGAAUCUUAGCUACACCAGGCAGGUUACUUCACAUUGCUGUGGAGAUGAAUUUGAAGUUAAAUUGCGUUGAAUAUGUUGUGUUCGACGAAGCUGACAGACUGUUUGAGAUGGGAUUGGCUGAACAAUUACAUGACAUUUUAAAACGGUUGCCGGACUGUCGACAAACCUUGUUGUUCUCAGCUACGUUACCUAAAAUGUUGAUUGAAUUUGCUAAUGCUGGGUUGUCGGAGCCUGUUUUGGGUAAGAAUUUUGUUAUUUGUUGGUUUUUUUAGGCUUAUCCUGAUUAUUUUUAUUAUCGUCAGACCUAAUUCACAGUUCAUAUGUUAAGAUAUUGUACUUGACAUAAUAAAUAUUAUUUUUAGUCCGCCUGGACGUAGAAACCAAGAUAAGUGACAAAUUGGCGAUGCAAUUCUUCGCCACACGUGGUAAUGACAAGCUCUCAGCUCUACUACCGUUGGCACGACGUGCGGAACGUCAAAAGGAACAAACGAUCGUCUUUUGUGCCACAAUUCGCCAUGUUGAAUAUUAUGUAGCUAUGUUCAAGGAAACCGGCAUCACCGCGUCUUAUUUACAUUCCCAGAUGGAGCCUUCAACUCGUAGACAAAAUAUCCAGAGAUUCAGGGAGAAAGACACAAUGUUAUUGGUGGUAACAGACGUGGCAGCUCGUGGUGUAGACAUUCCACUGUUGGACUGUGUUAUCAAUGUUCAUUUUCCUGCCAAACCGAAAUUGUUUGUUCACAGAGUUGGUGAGUUUCAUAUUCUUUUGUUUUGUUUGCACUUUAGGUUGAUAUGGAGGUUGGAAUGUUUGAAGAGAUCAAAAAUGGCAUGGAUAAUAUCAAAAAUUAUGGUUUAAUGCCUUUUUUGAGGUUUAAGCAUAUGUUUUGAACGUUUUUGUUUCAAAAUUGUGUUUCUAAUAGCAAGCAGAUUGAUUUUAUGAUGUAGAAUAGUCAAAUUUAUAAGGUUUAGCAUUUGACUAGAUGUUAAAAUAUUUAAAAUGGCAAGGAUAACAUUAAAAACUCGGUUUUGUGCCAAAAAUUAGCCUUUUCUUAAACCUUUAAGGCUUGCAACUAAAUUUUAAGGCAAAAACUCAUUUAAAAACUAAAUAAAAGUUCAAUAUCAUUAUAAAAAAUAUAAUACUUUUCCCAAUAUUCACCUUCAGGUCGUGUGGCACGUGCUGGAAAGUCAGGAAAAGCUAUAAGUUUGGUGUCAUCAGACGAAUACGCGUAUCUGGUCGAUCUUUUGCUCUUUCUGAACAUUCCAUUGAGAGUAGCGAAGGAAAGAGAAGAAUAUAAAGAAAGUGUGGCUACUCUGGGUCGAUUCCCAGAGAUUCUGGUUCACAUGGAAGAUGACUUCAUCAAAAGUACUCAUGAAAGGGCUUUGGAAAUUGUAGGUUUUUAGUCAUUUUUAGGGGAGAAUUGGUUAGUUUUUUGUUAGAUUUUGACAUUAAGCGUGUUUAGUCACGUUUUUUUGUUUUUAAGUUAAUCCUAAAGGUAUAUAAAGCCAUAAAUUAAGCCUAAAGCAAUAUAAAUCAAUAUAUAAUCAUUUUUGCUCAUUUUAGAGCGACCUCCGCAACAAAUCCGAGAACGCGAUGAAGAAGUAUAUCACAACCAAACCCCCACCGUCUGCAGAAUCCGUCCGCCGUGCCAAGGCCGAGCUAGCCAAAGUCGAAUUCCCAAUUCAUCCAUACUUCCAAGAAUACUGUGGAACGGAAGAAGAAACCACAUUCCUGAAUGGAAUCAAGAACUGGCGACCUCAGGCAACCAUCUUCGAACUGAACGUAGGCUCCAAGAAUCAAGGAGCUCAAAUCAUGAAGCAAAAACGCAAACAUCAUCAGAGAAUCAUCGAGAAAACCAAGGAUAACAUGAAUAAGGUUAAUGAGAAGGGUGGAGAAGAUGGUGAGGGUGAGGAGAAUGGAGGAAAAGGUGGAGAAAAUGGUGUAAAUCAUGAUGAAGAUGCAGUAAAAGAUGGUGAAGAUACUAAUGUUAAAGGGCAUGAAGGAAAACAGGGCAAGAAAGCAAAGUUAGAAGAUGUAGAUGAAGAAACAAUCAAAAAGACCUUCAAUGAAGUCCUAUCAACCAGGAAAUUCGACAUUGAUUCAGUGAAAAAACCGAAGAAACGCAAGUUAGACGAAGAGAAACAAAAAGAGAAAGAACAGAACUAUUUGAACUACAGACCGGCGGAUCAAUUCACGGAACGGCAGCUUGCUGUGAACGAUAACUUUGACAAGGCGGCCAAAGAGAUCAGUAUCGACAUUAAUGCGGACGAUGACAAAGGAUUGUACAAAAUGCAACAUAAAAAGACUUGGUAAGGAGAGGGAGGGUUGAAAAUGGGUCUGAAAUAGCACUGUAGUACUGGUGGUACAGGUGGGACACUUAGACAAAAAAAAAGAAAAAUUUUUUAACUUAACAGGGGGGACCAAGUUCAAUUUAAAAAAUUUUUUUUGCGAGUAGUCACCUUACUUCUCUUGCGCUCGGCCGUGGCUAUAUCGAUACUUCUGUACCUACUAUAAUAUUCAACUUUCAGGGACCGGAAGCACAAAAAGUUCAUCACAGACCCAAGUGCAUCAGUGAAAAGAAUCCGAACAGAAGAAGGAACAUGGGUCCCAGCCUCAUACAAAUCAGGCCGCUACGAACAAUGGACUAAAAAACAAAAAGUCGGGGCUACAGAUGACACAGAAGACGAACCACGACCCAAGAAAUUCAAAGGAAAAAUGCCAAAAACACCGAAAGUUCGAUCGGAACGAAAGACUGGACCUCAAAUCGCGAAGGAGCGACGACGAAAGGAGAAGGUUCAGAACUUCCAAAACGAACGAAGACAAAAACGACUCACUCGACAGGUCAACAAGACCAAGUUCAGCAAGGUCAGGAAGUGA